AUGAAAUGCAUAAAAGUGAAGUAUAUCAGAAUUCAAGCAAUCUUCUUCUCCUUACCCAUUAGACCUAACAUAUUAUUAUGUUGUGAUGGUGCUGCAAGAAACAAUCCUGGUGAAGCAGGAUAUGGAUUUAUUGGAAGAGAUAGCGCAGGAGGGUUCGUAAUUGCAGUAGCAGGUGGAAUGGGUAUUGCAAGCAAUUAUAUGACUGAGAUUUUUGCUGUUAUAAAAGCAUGUGAAUGGGAAAUAAAUAAGGGAUUCUUACAGCUAUGCAUAAGAACUGAUUCAACAUCAGCUAUCAACUCUUUCUCUACCAGAAGAAUACCCUGGUAUGUACAAUCCAGAUGGAAUAAAAUUGUUGUUGCACUUAUCAGUUUGGAAUUCAUACACAGUUUGAACUUCUCUGCAGAUGGGUUAGCAAAGAUGGGUGUCUCCUUGCCUAGAGGUGAGAAGAGAAUUUUCUUGAAUAAGCCAAUUUUUUUGUCAAGUCUAGAACAUCCAGAUAAAGUUUAUUAUAGAUUUGGGUAA